UGCUUCAGGGCAGGCCGCACACCCCCUCACCCUAGACUCAUUACUUUGGGGACCUGGAGAAAAAUCCAGACGCCUGAGGUUCUGGCGGGAUCUGCGUGAUUUUGCUCGGGUAAAUGUUCAGAGCGCCGGCCAAUCCCGUGUCCGAGAACCCGGGCGCGGCGUCUCAGAGCCAGGCGCUCACCCCCGCGGCCUCCGACCCGCGCUGAGCUUGCUGGCGAGUCCUUCCCGGGCCGCGGCUCUGCACGGCGGGGGGUGGGGACGCCUACUUCCCCGCGAGCCCUGCUCUGCCCGCGGUGACUCAGACUCUCCACACUGCUCUGGGAACCAGUGACUCCAGCAAUGCUGCCCCGAUGGGAACUGGCUCUUUGCCUGCUUGCCUCCCUGGGCUUCCAUUUCUACUCUUUCUGUGAAGUUUACAAAGCCUCCAGGGAGCAUGAAGAUGAACUGGACCAAGAAUUUGAGCUGGAGACAGACUCUCUAUUUGGAGGAUUGAAGAAGGACCCGACUGACUUUGAGUGGAACUUCUGGCUGGAAUGGGGGAAACGGAGCCUGGUGUGGCUCUUCCUUGGCCAUUUGGCUGUGUCUCAGUUGGCCAUACUGCUCGCAAAGAAGCACAGACCCUGGAUCGUCAUGGUCUAUGGAAUGUGGGCCUGCUGGUGUGUUCUGGGGGCUCCCGGCGUGGCCAUGGUCUUUCUCCACACCACCAUCGCCUUCUGUGUGGCCCAGUUCCGGUCAAUGCUCCUAUCCUGGCUGUGUUCUCUCCUCCUGCUCUCCACCCUGAGGCUGCACAGUGUGGAGGAAGUUAAGAGGAGGUGGUACCAGACAGAAAACGAAUACUACCUGCUACAGUUCACGCUGACCGUGCGCUGCCUGUUCUACACUAGCUUCAGCCUGGAGCUCUGCCGGCAGCCUCCGCCUGCCCAGCGCGCCCCCUAUUCCUUCCCGUGGUUGCUGGCCUAUGUCUUCUAUUACCCUGUCUUCCACAACGGGCCCAUCCUCAACUUCCCGGAGUUCUUCAGACAGAUGCAGCACCCAGAGCUCAGCUCUCCGAAGCACAGCCUUUGCCUGCUAGCCAAGGGCCUGGGCCGCCUGCUCUGCUGGUGGUGGCUGGCUGAACUGAUGGUCCACCUCAUGUACAUGCAUGCCCUCUACAGCAGCAUUCCCCUCCUGGAGAGCGUUUCCUGCUGGACCUUAGGAGGACUGGCCCUGGCCCAAGUACUCUUCUUCUAUGUGAAAUACUUGGUGCUCUUUGGUGCUCCGGCUCUGCUCAUGCGCCUGGAUGGACUCACACCACCACCCCUUCCCCGCUGCGUGAGCACCAUGUUCAGCUUUACUGGGAUGUGGAGGUAUUUUGAUGUUGGACUACACAGUUUCUUAAUCAGGUAUGUGUACAUUCCACUGGGUGGGUCCCAGCAUGGCCUUCUGGGGACACUGCUUUCUACUGCGAUGACGUUUGCAUUUGUGAGCUACUGGCAUGGCAGCUAUGAAGACCUCUGGUGCUGGGCAGCACUCAACUGGCUGGGAGUCACUGUGGAGAGUGGAGCCCAGAGGCUGUUAAAGAUGCCCUGCAUCCGGGAGACCUUGACCCGGUACCUCUCCCCGCGAGCUCGCCGUCGGCUGCAUGCUCUGCUGGCCUCCUGCUCCACCUCUAUGCUGAUCCUGUUCAACCUGGUGUUUCUCGGGGGGAUUCACGUUGGAAAAAUCUACUGGUACAGGAUCUUCCUGCAAGGCUGGCCGUGGGUGACCCUAUCUGUCCUGGGAUUCCUGUACUGCUAUUCACAUGUGGGUAUCACCUGGGCUCAGACAUAUACAGUUCUCUAAAGCUGCUGGUCCAAGUCAGCCUUGCGGUCAGUCUUCAAGAGACAUGGCAUUUCACUCGGACCUCUCACUCUGAGACCAUCCCUGAAGGACCACCUUCCAACUCCAGGACAAACCCUGAAGAAACAUUUUCCACUCCAGGACCAUCCCUGAGGGACCACCUUCCACUCCAGGACAAUCCCUGAGGGACCACCUUCCACUCCAGGACAAUCCCUGAAGAAACAUUUUCCACUCAAGGACCAUCCCUGAGGGACCACCUUCUAUUCUGAGACCAUCCCCGAGGGACCACCUUCCACUCCAGGACCAUCCCUGAGGGACCACCUUCCACUCCAGGACCAUCCCUGAGGGACCACCUUCCACUCAUCUUCUGCUGAAGAUGCUUCAUUCUGAGUCUGACAGCUUUAUCUAUCACAGAAAAUGUACAACCUAAAAAAUCUUCUAAUUUUGGAGCCGCAAAGAUUUUCUCCCUACCCCCAUGAGCUUCCUGGUACAUAAGCUAGAGUCAGGAGCAGUCUUGGGUCUUUCCCAACUAUACAUGUUGACAUUUGUUCUAGAACCUACUGUUGACCUGUUGAGUUCUUUCUUCUUGACCAAAGAUUCAAAGUGGUGGACAUUCAUUGUUUGGGCAUGGAAACCCUAGUCAGGGAUAGGCUUGCCUCUCAGAGACAUUCUGUGAUGUUUGGUGACCUCUUUCCAUGUUCUUCACUGGAUUGGCCUGCACAUGGAUGGUCCUUAGCAGGGAGGGAGCAAAGCCAUAGUCCUGUUCCAAGUGGCCUGGCUAGAGUGGAUGAUGUACAGGUGGAGCAUCCAAGGAGUCCUGCAGUUUGAACUUUACUGGGGCUUCCCCAUGCAGCUGCUGUUCUCUGAGGUCUGUAGCCAUGCAGGAGCAUGGUCAUUCCUGCCACAGCAGUUCUGUACAGCACGGGAUUGUAGCAAGCCAGAGAAUGGGUGUGUCCACACACAGGUGCUAUUGGGCAAGUCCUGUGGGAAAGGUGGUGGCCCAAGGUCCCAUAUGCUACGUGUGUUUUGUGUAGUGGUUUCAUUGCCUUAUUCUCACCCAAAUAAAGCAGAGCCCUUUUGUUACAUAGAUAAUUCA